CGAAUCACACAAAUAUCUCUUUAUUCUUUUUGUCCUUCGAUCACUGGGGCGUUCAUCUGAUAUCGCUUCUCGGGUGUGGUCUCUGACCACCUGAGGCCGGCAAAAAAACAAUGCCUUCCAACGCUACAACACACCACGCCCGUCGCUUCUGCACCGAAAUCACCCCCGACUGCCCCCUCGAACUCACCACAUAUGGAUACUACCCCAAUCUCGGCGUGAACUCGUUCUUCAUUGCUCUCUUCGGCCUCUGCAUGGUGCUGCAGUUGGGUCUCGGCACGUGGAGGCGGACAUGGACAUACUUGAUCGUCGUCGCCGUCGGCUGUUUCGGUGAGGCGGUGGGAUAUAUUGGCCGGCUGAUCAUGCAUCACAACCCGUGGAGCGGUGCUGGGUUCAAGACGCAAAUCUGCUGCCUGGUGCUCGCCCCAAGUUUCCUCGCCGCGGGGAUCUAUGUCACCUUGAAGCAUUUGGUCAUAUACUGUGGAGCCGAGAACUCGAGACUGAAGCCUAGACUGUACCCUUGGAUCUUCAUCGGCUGUGAUUUUGGGUCAAUCGUGCUCCAGGCCAUCGGGGGUGGCGUGGCAGCCGGGGCAGGCGACCGUGAUGCGAAUCCCAAACUGUUGGACGCGGGCAAUGGGUUGAUCGUGGCGGGCAUUGCAUUCCAGGUGGCAACCAUGGGUGUCUGUGGGCUUCUCAUGAUCGACUACUACAUCCGCUUCCAUCGUGCGAAGAAGGCCAAGUCGCAAGCGACGGUGGAGAGCGAGUACGAGAAAAAUCUGUCCUCGCCGAGCGCGUCGCGCAACUUUCGGAUUUUCUGCUUUGCCAUUGGGCUGGCCUUCACCACCAUCUUUAUCCGUUGCAUCUACCGUCUACCCGAGAUGGCAGGAGGCUGGGGAGGGCCUCUGAUGAGAAUCGAGACCGAGUUCCUGAUCCUUGAUGGAAUGAUGGUGGGCAUUGCCUGUGUCCUCCUGACCGUCUUUCAUCCCGGGUUCUUUUUCGAACCGAUGAGGAAAUUCAAGAGGGCGAACUCUAAUAAUGCAGAGCCCGUGGAGGAGCAGCCCGAGACGGUAGAGAGCAAGUCUUAGGGAUUCCCACUUGCCACUUUCCCAGGGUCAUGAUCUCAGACGUAUAUAUUUCGACAUAGAUAUAGAAUGAUAGAUUGGACACAUGACGUGAUGGGAUACCGAAUUCUUGUGCAUCGAGGGCGACCGCAGGCACCGACACCAGAGCUUUUCGGCCGCAAAGGAUGACGCUUCUCUCCGCAUUAUCCAGGGGCCUCGGCCUUAUAUUGAUGCCGAGCUUAUGGAUAUGCCUCGCGAAGAACUGGGCCAUGCGAAUCUGAUACCAUCAGGGGUCCCUCCCUAUAUAGCGCACGCUGCUGG